AUGCGUGACAGUCCCACCUCGCCAUUAAACCCCAGGCCUCCAAAAGGAGUCUUUGUCUUCCUGACCACAGUCUCAACAUCCUCACCGCCGGAUCCUCAUCUCUGGAUCCUCACCUCUCCUCGCCUCUCCAGCUCCCCCUCAGUCUCAGAGAUGCUGAUGGAAUCCAGUGUGACUGCAGUGCCUGGAGACUUCAGCAAUCACUCCUGGGGUCUGAAACAGGACACUGUAAAGGCUGACAGCCGGAUAUUAAAGGUUGAUGCCAUGGAAAGGGAAAAUGUGAGUUUUCCUGACACUUUUGUCCUGCUGGGCUUCUCGGAGUUUCCGUGGCUGGAGGUUUCGCUCUCUGCAGUGGUCCUGGUCUCCUACCUCCUCACCCUGGUGGGGAACAGCUCCAUCCUCCUCCUCUCCCUGCUGGACCCCAGACUCCACACGCCCAUGUACUUCUUCCUGGACAACCUCUCUCUGCUGGACCUCAGUGUGACCUGCACCAUUGUGCCCCAGCUGCUGGCCAACCUGUGGGGACCAGACAAGACGAUUGCUGCCUGGGGCUGCAUCACACAGGCCUAUCUUUUUCACUUGAUUGGCUGUGCCGAAUGUGCCUUGCUGGCCAUGAUGGCCAUUGAUCGCUAUGUGGCCAUCUGCCGGCCCCUCAGGUACACUCUCCUCAUGCGUCCCUGGGUGUGUGUGCAGAUGGCAGCUGCCUCCUGGUCCAGUGGCCUGGUCAAUUCCAUGCUGCAAACUACACUCACCCUCCAACUUUCCCUCUGUGGACACCACAUCCUGGAUCACUUCUUCUGUGAGGUGCCUGUGCUCAUCAAGCUGGCCUGUGGGGUUACCGCUGUUAAUGACUUGGCCCUGGCUUUAGGAGCUAUCCCUUUUGCACUGUUGGCUCCCCUGACGGUGAUCAUCUCCUACACCUUUAUUGCCAGGGCUGUAUUGAAGUUACCUUCAGCACAAGGAAGACACAAGGCGCUCAGCACCUGCAGUUCCCACUUGCUGGUGGUCACCUUGUACUUUGGCCCUGCCAUCUAUGUGUAUCUCCAGCCUCCGGCCAAGAGUUCCCAGGCCAAGUUCAUGUCUUUCUUCUACUGUGUGAUCACCCCAGGGCUCAACCCACUCAUCUACACCCUGAGAAACAAGGAUGUGAAGACUGCGUGGAAGAGGAUCCUGCAAUCCCAGAGUGGGAUGAAGUCUUUAAAAGCCAGAUGA